AAGCAAGAACAACAAAGAUGCAUGCUAGGCUGCUAGCUCUGACCACCGUCUCCAAAAACCAUCCACGAUUAUAUAUAAGCUGGUUGAGAUCUCUAGCUAGGUAGAGCCCGGAGAGUACGUGUGAGAUGAAGCCGGCGGGAGCAGUGGCGGCGCCGGCGCCGGCGAGCGGCGGCGCGGUGGCGUUCGCGUGGGAGCACGAGCCGGGGGUGUCGAAGCUGCUGCAGGGCACCGCCACGACGGCGGCGGGAGAAGCCGAGAAGCUGCCGCCGGCGAAGAAGGAGGCGGUGCCGCACAGUAUACGAGUGCGUCCGCCGCCGGGGGCGGCGGGUCGGGGCGGCCGGCGAGGCGGCGGCGCCGCUGCCGCCGUGCGGCCGGAGGAGGACCCGUUCCUCGCGGCGUUCCUGGCGUGCACCGAGCGCGGGAACAGGGGGACGCCCAAGGGUGGGAGCAAGCUGCUCGGGCUCGGGCUUGGGCUUGGGUCCGGGCUCGGGCUCGGGCUGUCGUGCAAGGGGCCCGGCGGUGUGGUGCAGAGCGUGGUGAGGCUGGCUAAGACGAUGCCUCCUCAAGCCCUGAACGACGAUUGAAUCAAGUUGAUCACGCCAUUUUUCUGGCCUUAUGGUUUACUGUAAAUAGAUUAAAGUAUUACCGUUUUAUUUUUAUUUUUUUUGACCGGAACAAAUUAAAGCUCGUUAUGUUCGUAUGCUCGUGAAUCGAUCACCAAAGACUUCACCUGCUAUAAAAUCUCUCUUGUUUUCUUA